AUGAGGAAGCAAGAGAUCAUUUUCGUUCCAUAUCCAAUCCCUGGUCAUCUUCUUGUGUCCAUUGAAUUAGCUAAAUCUCUCAUCAAACGUGACCAUCGCAUCCACACCAUAACCAUCCUCCACUGGAUAUUACCUCUCGCUCCUCACGCCGACCUCUUUGCUAAUCUCUUAUCUAUCGCUUCAGAGCCACGAAUCCCUCUCUUUGCCUUGCGUGAUAUCAAAAGCCCACCGCCACUAGAGCUUUUCUUUAAAGCCACCGAAGCUUACGUUCUAGAGUUCACCAGGAAAACAGUUCCUCUUGUCAGAGACGCUCUCUCCACUCUACUUUCGUCUCGUGACGAAGGAUCUGAUUCGGUUCGGGUCGCGGGUUUGGUUCUUGAUUUCUUCUGUGUUCCAUUGAUCGAAGUGGGAAACGAGUUUAACCUUCCUUCCUACAUUUUCUUAACGUGUAACGCUGGUUUCUUGGGGAUGAUGAAGUAUCUCCCUGAGAGACAUCGCAAGAUCGCGUCCAAGCUCGAUCUGACAAGCUCCGAUCAUCAGAUUCCCGGUUACGUCAGUUCCGUGCCUUCCAAGGUUUUGCCGCCAGGUCAAUUCGUUAAAGAGUUCUAUAUACUAGGAAAAGAGUUCUAUCCUCACCAUCCAUCCGUGGAGGAGAUUGCUGGAGCGAUACGGUCUCUGAUGGAUGGUGAGGAUACACCGAGGAAAAGAGUGAAAGAGAUGGCGGAGGCGGCGAGGUAG